GUCGCAUGAUCUUGGAUGCCUUUGCCCAGCAGUGCAGUCGUGUUCUGAGCCUCUUAAAUUGUGGAGGCAAACUUAUGGACUCCAACCAUUCUCAAUCCAUGAUUUCUUACGUCAAGCAGGAAGGCUCAAGUUACACUGAAAGACUGGACCAGUGCCACAUUGGAAAAGGGGUCCACAGUCAGACUUCAGACAAUGUAGACAUAGAGAUGCAAUAUAUGCAAAGAAAACAGCAAACUUCUGCCUUUUUGAGAGUUUUCACUGACUCCCUACAAAAUUACCUGCUCUCGGGGAGCUUUCCAACUCCAAACACCUCAUCGGUCAGUGAGUACGGCCACCUGGCCGACGUGGAUCCUCUGUCAACCUCCCCCGUGCAUACACUAGGUGGCUGGACCUCCCCAGCAACGUCUGAAUCCCAUGGUCACCCGUCGUCUUCUACACUGCCAGAGGAGGAAGAAGAGGAAGGCUACUGUCCUAGAUGCCAAGAGCUGGAGCACGAGGUCAUUUCAUUGCAACAGGAAAAUGAAGAGCUCAGGAGGAAAUUAGAGAGCGUCCCAGUGCCCUGCCAGACUGUUCUAGAUUACUUGAAGACGGUGCUACAGCAUCACAACCAACUCAUGAUCCCACAGCCAGCUGACCAGCCCACCGAGGGAAGCAAGCAGCUGUUGAACAACUAUCCUGUCUACAUAACGAGCAAGCAGUGGGACGAGGCUGUAAAUUCUUCAAAGAAAGAUGGAAGACGUCUCCUUCGAUACCUCAUCAGAUUUGUUUUCACAACCGAUGAGCUUAAGUACUCAUGCGGCCUUGGGAAAAGGAAAAGGUCAGUGCAGUCAGGAGAAACAGGUCCCGAAAGACGCCCUCUGGAUCCAGUUAAAGUAACAUGCCUCCGAGAAUUCAUUAGGAUGCACUGUACCUCCAACCCCGACUGGUGGAUGCCCUCGGAGGAGCAAAUAAACAAAGUGUUCAGUGAUGCUGUGGGUCACGCCCGGCAGGGGCGCGCGGUGGGAACUUUCCUGCACAAUGGAGGCUCGUUUUACGAAGGGAUUGAUCACCAGGCUUCCCAGGAUGACGUCUUCAGUAAGAAUUCCCAGGAUGGGUCUGGGGAUUAGGGGACAAAACCUUUCCAUUGCAGCAGCCGGUCCUCUCCAGAGUCACCAUUGUGAAUGUCCUGUUCCCAUCAC